CUGCCGACCUCGCACCCAAAUAUAUGUAUCUAGACGUAUGCAGAUGUGUAUAUAUAUGUCGCCGAUCACUGUGUAUUGUCCCACACCCAUCCUCUACCUCCCCUCUCUCACUAGAAUCAGUAAAUCCAGCCUACAGCAUGAUACCUGGAAGUUACAUGAUGUUCUUUCAGUUUGUCGGAUGCUGCCUCCUGCUCCUGCUAUACUCUCUUCGAUUUAGGUCUAGCAGCCCUGUGCAUGGGCCAAGAAGCUACCCGGUGAUCGGCUGCCUGGUUGCCUUCUACGAGAACCGGCGGCGGCUCCUCGACUGGUACACCCAGAUGCUGUCGGCCUCGCCGACGCAGACGAUCGUCGUUGACCGGCUGGGCGCGCGGCGAACCGUGGUAACGGCGAACCCGGUCAACGUUGAGCACAUCCUCAAGGGCAACUUCGCCAACUACCCAAAGGGGAAGCCCUUCACCGACGUGCUCGGCGACCUGCUCGGCAAGGGCAUCUUCAACGUCGACGGCGAGAUGUGGUCCGCGCAGCGGAAGCUGGUGAGCCACGAGUUCUCGGCGCGCACGCUCCGGGAGCUGGAGAUCGCCGUGCUCGAGGCCGAGGCGCUCGACCGCCUCGUGCCGGCGCUGGAGGCGGCCGCGGAGCCGGGCGGCGGUGCCGUGGACAUGCAGGAUGUCCUCCGCCGGUUCGCCUUCGACGUCAUCUGCCGUGUCUCGCUGGGCGUUGACCCAGGAUGCCUUGACCCGGCAUUGCCGGCGCCGAGGCUGGCAACCGCUUUCGACGCGGCCGCCGGGAUCAUCGCCAGGCGGGGCGCCGCGCCGGUGGCCGCCGUGUGGAAGAUCAAGCGCGCGCUGGACAUCGGCUCGGAGCGGCGGCUGCGGGAGGAGGUCAAGGUGAUCCACGAAGCCGUCAUGGACCUCAUCCGGAGCCGCAAGAAGGAACGGUUCCUGGUCAACGGCGCGAGGAACGACCUACUGUCGCGGAUGAUCGAAUGCGGCUACGCCGACGAGGAGAUCCGGGACAUGGUGAUCAGCUUCAUCAUGGCCGGCCGCGACACGACGUCGUCGGCGCUGACCUGGUUCUUCUGGCUGCUCAUGCGCCACCGCGACGUCGAGCGGGAUGUCUUGGAUGAGAUCACGAGCAUGAGGCAACAACUACAAGGCAGCAGCAGCAGCAGCAACGCCGGGGAAGGCUUCGACCUGGACGACUUCCGCAGGAUGCGGGUGCUCCACGCCGCGCUGAGCGAGACGAUGCGGCUGUACCCUCCGGUGGCGUGGGACUCGAAGCACGCGGCAGCGGCGGACGUGCUGCCGGACGGCACCCGCGUGGGGGCCGGCGAUCGGGUCACCUACUUCCAGUACGGCAUGGGGAGGAUGGAGGCCAUCUGGGGUUCCGACGCGGCCGAUUUCAGCCUCGAUCGGUGGCUGGCGCUGCCGUCCGACGGCAUGGCCGGCGGCGUGUCCCCCUUCAAGUACCCGGUGUUCCAGGGCGGGCCGCGGACGUGCCUGGGCAGGGAGAUGGCUUUCGCGCAGAUGAAGUUCGUGGCCUGCGCCGUGCUCCGGCGGUUCGAUCUGCGGCCCGUGGACGAGGGCCGCACGCCGGUGUUCCUGCCGCUGCUGACCUCUCACAUGGCCGGCGGGCUCAACGUGACGGUGAGGAGGAGGGCGGAGGACGCACGCCACGGCACGCAUGACGCAGCAACGACAGCUGGAAAAACCCAUUAAGUAUCCAGUGGUAUAGCCCUCGUGUACAAAUAGCAAAGAAUAUGUACUGUGCGGGUACACUAUAUUAUUCUCUUGUAGCUGUACAUGCAUGCACUUUUGUAAUUGUCCAUAUCAAACGGAUAUACACACACAGAAAUGCAAUUGCCUCACACAAAUAAU